AUGUCAAGAGGAGCAAUUGAAGUGAAUGGAGAAUGGUUGCUGUCAUUUCGUGAUGAGCAGCAAAAAUUAGAUAAUGAAAAUGAUGCUAAGGAAAUAGUGCAAGCUAUAGAAAAUGCUGAUGUGGUUGAAGUCCUAGAUUUACGCGGUAAUACAGUUGGCGUAAGAGCAGGAGAACGACUUGCAUGUGCUCUAAAAAGUCAUCCUGAGUUAAAGCGAGCAUUAUGGAGUGAUAUGUUUACUGGACGAAUGAAAGAAGAAAUUCCUCCAGUUUUACGUUCUCUUUGUACAGCAAUGAUGAGUUGUGGUACGCGUUUGGUGGAAUUGGAUCUAUCCGAUAAUGCAUUUGGUCCUAUUGGUGCAGAAGGAAUUGAAAAAUUCCUUGAAAGCACAUCUGCUUAUUCAUUAGAAGUAUUGAAACUGAAUAACAAUGGUCUGGGUGCUGGUGGUAUAGUCAUUGCUAAUGCAUUGAUAAACUGUUAUAAAAAUGCUAGAAAAGACGAACAAAAUUUUCGUCUAAAGACAUUUAUUGCUGGCAGGAAUCGUUUGGAAGACCCUGGAGCUUUUGCCUUAGCAAAUGCUUUUCAAGUUUUGGGUUCCUUGGAAGAGGUAGCGAUGUAUCAAGAUGGUAUCAGGCCUAAAGGAAUCGAAGCUCUUGCAAAAUCAUUUUAUCAUAAUCCUAAUUUGAAAAUAAUUAAUCUCAGUGAUAAUACGUUUACUGUCAGUGGAGCCUGCGCUAUUGCACAGGUGGUUAGAAGUUUGACGAAACUAGAAGUUUUGGACUUUGGAGACUGUUUAUGUCGAGAUAAAGGUGCUUUAGCUAUAAUUACUAAUAUUGCACCAUCACAUCAUUUACAUUUAAAGGAAAUUAAUUUGUCUGGAAAUGAACUGAGUCCUCGUGUGAUCAAAGCAGUUCUUGCUAAAGUCAAUCAAGGUUUCUGUUUAAAUUCCCUCGUUUUGCAUACAAACAAUAUGGGAAGUCAAUUUGACUAUGUUCGUUCAAAAUGUCAAAAAUAUAAUUUCAUCGAUUUAGGCAAAGAAAGUGAUGAUCAAGGAACUCUAGAUGAAGAUGAAGAUAGUAGUGUUGAAUAUGGAGAGUUGUAUUCGGGAAAAAGUGAUUUCGAAAAUUCAAGCAAUGAAAAUGAUGAAGAAACAAAAAAUUUUGUAGAAACCGACCUUGGUAUCAAACUGGAUAGCAUUUUGAAGUUUGAUAGUACCGAAAGUACAAUUUCAUUUAGAAAUCAAAAGUGGAACACCGAGGGAAGUGCUGAAAGUGUCAUUCAACUAUUAUUAUCUCGACAGCUUGUAAAAGUUUUGGAUUUGGAAGAUAAUAACAUUGGUGAUGGAGUAUGCAGAAAAAUUGCUGAGGCUUUACGAGAACGCAGUCAGAGAUGCAUGGAUAGCUUGGAAGAAUUGAAUUUGAGUCGAAAUAAUAUCACUGCUGUUGGUAUUAGUAAUCUCGCUGAUUCAUUCAAAAUGAAUCCACUUUUGAAAGUGAUUAUUCUGAGUGGAAACAUUCUGAAAGUUGAGGGUGCAGUUGCUGUGGCCAAAGCACUUCCUUCUUUACAUUUACUGGAAGUCUUGGACUUGAGUUCAUGUGCUUGUCAAGAGCAUGGAAUUAUGACAGUUGUGGCAAAUUUGAGUUCUUCAGUACAUCUGCGCUUAAAGACUUUAGAUUUUUCUUCAAAUGGUUUGGGUGCUGAUAUUAUUAAAAAAAUUGUGUGUGUUUUCUCAAGUAGUGGCUUUCAUCUAGAACGUCUUUCAUUACAUUCCAAUAAUAUUGGAAAUCAGUUUAAUGAACUGAAAGAUGCCUUUUCUACUAUUCGUUUUCUGGAUUUGGGAAGUGAGAGGUCUGGUCAAGGCAUUUUAGUAAAACAGGAAAUAACACUGAGUCAAGCAGAGCAUGAAUCAGUGAAUGGAGAAGACAUCAAAGAUCAUGAACUUGAUAAUUCUACACUCACUAUGACUGAUCUGCAUGGGAGAACACAGGAAAUUACAGCAGCAUUACUGUGUUCUUUCUGUUCAUUACUUUCUACCGAAAAUUCAGAAAAAUUAGAGCUAGAACAGAAAGUAAUAACGCUGGCUGAUGCAAUAUUGAUAGAAGCUAAGAAAGUUAAACGUACGCCAAUCAGUGCUGUAGAAUCGAUAUGUAAUCAGCUUUUAGCGUUUGCGGGUGCUGUCCAGGUUGGUUUUUUAUCAGCAUAUUGAUU